UCAGUUGGAUUCAUUCUGCUUUCGAUUUUGAAAAGACAGAACAAAAACAAAGCAUCAACCAAAAGAGGUUUUUCGUUUCGGCCAAAGCCACGGUCUCCGGGGUCCACGGGAGCCCAGCCACUUCUCCGACGGACUCAUUCUCUCUUCUUCCUCUCACACAACGAGAUUAGCUGAUUUAGAAGGGGGGGAAGGGGAGUGUCUAAGUUUAACUUUUGUAUUCCGAGUUUUGUGCCGUUUGCUUCUAUCCCAUUCUUCGUGGAUUUGACCUGAUGUGUGGCUUUUGAUGGACGGCAGUGUGAAGAAGAUCAAGUUUUACAAUUGUUUUAGUAGUCUUGUUUUGUCAAAGUGACUGUCCCUAUCACCUGAAUAAGAUUUUUAAGAAAGAGAAUUCUUAAGGUAAAUUGCUUGUUACUAGGUUUGUUGAGUGAUAACAAAAUUGUUAUGGCUGUUGUUGCCGAGAGCGACAGCAGCAGCAAACGAUCAACUUCAUUCAAUUGUUACAAAGUGGCAAGCUUGGUUGAAACCAUAUUGGAUGCGAAGCAAACUUCUAAUUUGAAAGAUCGAUACAUUCUUGGGGAGCAGUUGGGUUGGGGACAGUUUGGUGUCAUUAGAACAUGCUCUGACAAAAUGACCGGAGAGGUUUUGGCGUGCAAAUCGAUUGCGAAAGAUAGGCUGGUUACUUCAGAUGAUAUGCAAAGUGUUAAACUUGAGAUUGAGAUCAUGGCAAAGUUAUCUGGGCACCCUAAUGUUGUAGAUCUCAAGGCAGUUUAUGAAGAAGAAGAUUUCGUUCAUUUGGUGAUGGAGCUUUGUGCUGGAGGGGAGCUGUUUCACCUGUUAGAGAAGCAUGGACGGUUUUCUGAAUCGGAAGGCAGGGUUCUCUUUAGGCAUCUCAUGAAGAUGGUUUUGUAUUGUCAUGAAAAUGGUGUUGUUCACCGAGAUUUGAAGCCUGAAAACAUUCUCUUAGCAACUAAAUCCUUCUCAUCUCCAAUUAAAUUGGCUGACUUUGGACUUGCAACCUACAUCAAGCCUGGACAGAAUUUACACGGGUUAGUCGGGAGUCCAUUUUAUAUUGCUCCGGAGGUAUUGGCAGGUGCAUAUAACCAAGCUGCCGAUAUAUGGAGUGCUGGCGUUAUUCUUUACAUUCUACUGAGUGGAAUGCCGCCGUUUUGGGGGAAGACGAAGUCGCGGAUAUUUGAAGCUGUUAAGGCUGCUGAUUUGAGGUUCCCUUCUGAACCGUGGGAUCGCAUCUCUGUAUCUGCUAAGGAUUUAAUUAGGCGAAUGCUCUGCGUAGAACCUUCUCAAAGGCUCACUGCUCAGGAGGUUUUAGACCAUUACUGGAUGGAUAGCAAUCCAACAGAUAUGGAACAACUAAGUGAACAUAAAAUCAAAAGUUGUGGAGAGUGGCAUCUUGGUGGCGACUCAUUCUCUGAGUCAUUUAUGUCCAGGAAUAAGGAUAUUAGCUUUGGUGCUGGGUCACCUACAUGUGACGCUCAAUCACCUACAUUCACGUGCAAAUCGUCAUUUUCCUCAAUUUUCGUGGAGCCAGUGACACCUUUAUCUGCUUCUGGUGGGUUUUCAUUUCGAAGCUCAGGUGGUUCCACAUGUAUGGAAUUUUCUUCACCUGUUCCCUCGAUGCCUAGCUUUGCAUUUCUCAGCCCUACUUCUGUUGUUGAGCAAAAGAGUAUUAUAUUUGAGUUCUCGUCUAACACAUCAGAAGUAAAUGGAAUUGUUGGAGAUUCUUCUCUUUGCUUUGGAAAUGAUGUUAAAGAAAGGGAUCACAAGCCUGUAGAGACUAAAAGGGCAAGUGUAACAAAUUGUAACAGGACAUUGGGAUUCCACAGCAAGAGAAACCGUACGAUUGGACUUGGUGAGUGUGAACAACUUGAUCUUGUGGUGACUGAAUCCGUCAUUCGUUGGUUAUCAUGCACGCAACUUCCUACAUCACCAAAAUCGUCUCUUGUCUGUUGAAAAGGAUAAAUUUCUGGACAGAUCAAUGGAAUAGCUUGAUAAGGGUGAUGCAAAUUUUGCCUAUCUAACACAUUGUACAUCUUUCUCGAAUUUGCAUUGUUGUUGUCUUCUGGUUUGUCGGAGUUGCGGAUUUUGUUGCAGUUAAUGAUGGUGUGUUUCUUCUAAUCACGUUGUGCUUCUAAUUGGUCACUUUUAUUGUGUUCUUUUCAUCUUCCUUUGUUUUCUCGUGUUUAUAAUUACUACGAGUUUGUAACGGGAAAUCUCCCUGGUUUGUAAAGGAAGUUGUAUCUUGAUGGUAAUCCAAUGUUAUCUUGGUGUAAUUGAAAUGCUUGGAAAUGGACUGUAAAUUCAUGUGUUAAAUUAUUUUUGUAUGAUGAUUCAAUUGGGAGAAAGUGAUUUUUUGGUAA